ACAUUUAUAAUAUUCAUUUUCCCCACUAAUAAUAUGUCCGGUAUUCACUAUUUCUCAUGGUGUAAUUCAGCUGAGCUGGCUCUAUAUUAAAUGUGAUGUUUUUGAAUCAUGCACAAAGUGUCGCUGUUGUCUAGCAAUACACACGAUGGGAAUUACUGGUGACCAUCAUUUAACGCCACGGUCCACAGCUGCCGGAGUGAUCCUCUCUUUGCGCGUCUCUUUGUUCCUCCGCGUAUUUCAUUGUCAGUUUCCAUCGCUUGUCUGGAUAAUAUUGGACCUGUAUCUUUAAUGCAAAAAUGGAACCUUGUAUGAACGCACGGAAAUGGAGAAGGUACGUUUUGUUUUUGCUGGUUAUUUUUGCCUUAUCAAACCCAGUGUUUGGCGUUACGCACUACUCUAUUCCAGAGGAAAUGGAGGUAGGAUCUGUUGUUGCAAAUUUAGCCACCGAUCUUGGUUUGGAUGUGCAGAGUCUGACGAAACGCAAGAUGCGCUUAGAUUUGAUAGCAAAUAAAAAAUAUCUGGAUGUUAAUAAAGAAACAGGAGAGUUGUUUAUCGUCGAAAAAAUAGAUAGAGAAUAUCUUUGCCCGUCCAAAACUACAAAUUCUUGUUUUUUAAAGCUCGACGCUACAAUCGAAAAUCCGAUUAGGAUUUUCAACAUUGAGCUAGAAAUAUUAGACAUCAACGACAAUGCACCACACUUUCGACGAGAUGUCAUGCAUCUAGACAUUUCUGAAUCGACACCGUCCGGCGAGCGCUUCUCACUGAACAAUGCGGUGGACUCCGACAUCGGAUCUAAUUCAAUCAAGACCUACUAUCUGAGCGAAAGUGAUCAUUUUACUAUCGAAAUACAGUCCGGUCGAGAUGGAUCUAAGUUAGCUGAUUUGGUACUGAAAAAAGCGUUAGAUCGCGAAGAACGAGCGGUUCAUAAUCUGAUCCUCACCGCCGUGGAUGGAGGGGUCCCCGCGCGCUCUGGGACGGCUAAUAUUAUUGUCCAAGUGCUAGACACUAACGACAACGCCCCUCAGUUCGAUGAAGACAGCUAUACUGUACAUUUAAGUGAAAAUCCUCCAGUAGGAAGCCUUGUUGUUAAGUUAAAUGCAACAGAUUUGGAUGAAGGGCCAAAUUCGCAAAUUAUGUACGCAUUCAGUUUAUAUACCUCUGAGAAAACGCAGGAGACGUUCAAUUUGAAUUCAGAAACGGGAGAAAUUCGAGUUAAAGAGAUGAUUAAUUAUGAAGAUUUCAAGAUCUAUGAUAUGGAGAUAAUAGCAACUGAUAAAGGAUCUAACAGUCUCUCUGGAAAAUGUAAACUAACUAUUUUAAUCACAGAUAUGAAUGAUAAUCAUCCGGAAAUUUCCAUAAAAUCAUUUUCUGGCCCUGUUAAAGAGGAUAUAUCUGUAAAUACAGUAAUCGCAGUUGUUAGUGUGAGUGAUAAAGACUCAGGAGAAAAUGGACAGGUAGAUAUUCAUAUUUCUGAUGAGUUACCUUUUGCACUCAAAGAGUCUUCUGAUAAUUAUUAUGAAUUAUUAGUUUCAGAACCGUUAGACCGUGAAAAGGUCCCAGAAUAUGACAUCACUAUCACCGUGACUGACAGGGGCCACCCGCCGUUAUCUGAUAAUGAAACUAUAACUUUAGAGCUGCUGGACGUUAACGACAACGUUCCUCAGUUCUCACAGUCAUUCUACACGAUACCUGUGAUGGAGAAUAACGCGCCUGGAGCUUUACUGAGCUCUUUAACUGCUCUAGACCCGGAUCUCCACGAGAAUCAGUACCUAGUCUAUUUUAUCAUAGAGAAGGAAAUAGCCAACACCUCCAUGUCCAUGCUGUUCUCCAUCAACCCGGAGAACGGCAAUCUUUACGCGCUAAAGACGUUUGACUACGAGAUAGAGAAGGAGUUUCUUUUCCACAUCGAGGCCAGAGACUCUGGCGUUCCUCCGCUCAGCAGUAACGUGACCGUUCACAUUAUUAUCAUGGAUCAGAACGACAACACGCCGCUUAUAGUGUCUCCGUGGCGCGCGCACGGCUCGGUGGUGGAGGAGAAGAUCCCGAGAUCCACCGAUAAAGGGACUCUGAUCGCCAAAGUCAUCGCCAUAGACUCCGACUCGGUGCACAACUCUCGAAUCUCCUACCAGUUUCUCCACAACACGGACGCCACGUUAUUCAGCUUGGAUCAAUAUAACGGAGAGAUCCGGACCAUGAGGAUGUUCAGUUACAGAGACUCGCGCCACCAGCAGCUGGUUGUGAUCGCCAAGGACAACGGAGAGCCCGCGCUCUCUGCUACAGUCACCAUCAAACUGUCCACGGUGGAGACCGCCCUUAAGACCUAUGCUGACCUGACUGAGGUGCCUUUGGGAUACGACAUCUUCUCGGAUUUAAACCUGUAUCUGGUGAUCGGACUGGGCUCUGUCUCGUUUCUUUUGCUCAUCACUAUUUUGGUCACCAUCGUGCUGAAGUGUCAGAAAACGAAACCCAGCAAAGCGGCUCCUCCGUGCAGGAACAGUGUGAUCAGCGAGAGGAACUCCACCAUCGCGGACUCCACUCUGGUCUCCAACGAUGCCUACUGGUACAGUUUAUUUCUAGCAGAGACCAGGAAAGGAAAGCUGGUGGUCAGACAGCCUGUGCCAAAGGGAUCGAGGUACAUCGUGUCCAGUAUACCGAGGAGCACAGGACUGACCGAGACCAGCGACUCAGCUGCUUCUACUCUACAGGUGAGGGAAAAAAAAGUCUUAAUAUUAAUGCAGUGUGAGCUGUAUUCACUUUGCAAAGUACGGCUACAUUUUUAAAUCUAUCUGACAUUCUGGUUGUUGUCGCUGUCUUGCAUCUGUUUGUGCAUUUGCUUUUAAAAAAUGUUCGCGCUAGCAAAGGAAAUAUUUACGCGAAAAAAAAAAAAUUCCGGCCGGUUUAAUCUUUUUUAAUUCUAAUGUAUAUUAUAUUUUUACCAUGCUAUGAUUUACAAUCUAUAGUCGUUUAGCUUCUCGUGACACUUUUUUUUUCAUCUUAUAUAACCCUUGAGCUAUUAUUAUUAUGUGCAGUGGUUAUGUUUUAGUACUAAAUCUCCCUCCUGUGCCACGCAAACCAAUGCGCGCAGUGUCGCUGUUUUCCAUGAAAACGACACCUCUCAGUUUAUAUUUCAUAACAGCCGAUGCUGGUGACGUAUUGGCUUUGUUCUCUGCGAGCUGUGUGCUCGUUUCUUUCAUGAACACAGCGAAACGGUUUACUCCGCUUUCUAAUAAUCAAAAUGGUAUAUUUGUAACCGCAACGCUGUUUGUUUUAUGCAUCAUCACUGGAAUAUAAAUCUAAA